AGCGCGAGGGGCAGCGGUGCGGCGUCCAGGGGGCGGCCGCAGCCCCGCCCCGCCCCGCCGCGUCCUGCCCCGUAGUCCCGCAGCGUCCUACCCGCGCGCUAUUCACCGCCUCUCGGGGUCCAGGCGCUCGCUGGUUCUCCGCGCGCAGCUAUGGCUCAGCACUUCUCCCUGGCCGCCUGCGACGUGGUCGGCUUCGACUUGGACCACACUCUGUGUCGCUACAACCUGCCUGAGAGCGCCCGGCUCAUUUAUAAUAGCUUUGCUCAGUUCCUGGUCAAGGAGAAAGGGUAUGACAAGGAAUUGCUCACUGUGACUCCAGAGGAUUGGGAUUUCUGUUGCAAGGGCUUGGCAUUGGAUCUGGAAGACGGCAACUUCAUUAAACUUGCAGAUAAUGGCACCGUGCUCAGGGCAAGCCACGGCACAAAGAUGCUGGCUCCAGAGGUGCUGGCGGAGGAGUACGGCAGGAAGGGGUGGAAGCACUUCACGCCAGACCCGGGAAUGGCCUGCCGCUCAGGAAAAUAUUAUUUUUAUGAUAACUACUUUGACCUGCCUGGAGCUCUUCUGUGUGCCAGAGUGGUGGACUCUUUAACAAAGCAGAGCAAUGGUCAAAAACCAUUUGAUUUUUGGAAGGACAUAGUUGCUGGUAUACAACAUAAUUAUAAAAUGUCAGCUUUUAAAGAAAACUGUGGAAUAUAUUUUCCAGAAAUAAAAAGAGAUCCAGGCAGGUAUUUACACACUUGUCCGGAAUCUGUUAAAAAGUGGCUUCGACAGCUAAAAAAUGCUGGGAAAAUUCUUAUGUUAAUUACCAGUUCUCACAGUGAUUACUGUAGACUCCUCUGUGAAUAUAUCCUUGGGAAUGAUUUUGAAUAUCUUUUUGACAUUGUGAUUACAAAUGCAUUGAAGCCUGGUUUCUUCUCCCAUUUACCAAGUCAGAGGCCUUUCCGGACACUUGAGAAUGACGAGGAGCAGGAGGCCCUGCCAUCUCUGGAUAAACCUGGCUGGUACUCCCAAGGGAAUGCGGUCCACCUUUAUGAACUUCUGAAGAAAAUGACUGGCAAACCUGAACCCAAGGUUGUUUACUUUGGUGACAGCAUGCAUUCAGAUAUUUUCCCAGCCUGUCAUUAUAGUAAUUGGGAGACAGUCCUCAUCCUGGAAGAGCUCAGAGGGGACAGAGACGGGAAGCCUGAGGACUCAGAGCCUCUAGAGAAGAAAGGAAAAUAUGAGGGACCAAAGGCAAAGCCUCUAAAUAGAUUAUCUAAAAAAUGGGGCUCCUUUUUUAUUGAUUCAGUUUCCGGACUGGAAAAUACAGAAGAUUCCUUGGUUUAUACAUGGUCUUGUAAGAGAAUCAGUGCUUACAGCACUAUUGCAAUUCCAAGUAUUGAAGCAAUAGCAGAAUUACCCCUGGACUACAAAUUUACAAGUUUCUCUUCAAACAAUUCAAAAACAGCAGGCUAUUAUCCAAACCCUCCAUUGGUCUUAUCAAAUGAUGGGAAACUGACAACCAAAUAAACUUAUGUUUACUGAAAAAUGAAGUGAAGAACCAUAUAUACAGCAAAUGUACUGUAAAAAUGUUACUUUUCAAAGACUACUGUAAAAUGCUUUAUAGAAACAAAUUCUUAAUUAAGUGACCAAGAAAUUGGUAUGUUUUUCCAUAAGUCUCCUUUCUGUAGAGAUCAUCUUGAUACCCAACAACUCUCAUUGUGUUAAAAUCUCAAUAUCUUAGAACUGAAAAGAAUCUUAUUAUUACAGGCCCCAUCCCAGACAUACAGAAUCAGAAACUCUGGGAAUGGGACCCAGCAAUCUGUGCUUAAUUACAGUGUGGUUCACACUAAAGUUUAAGAACCAUUGACUAGACCAUAACCUCCAGACAUUGGUUUAAUUGGUCUGGGGAUACAGAUGAGCAUUGAUGUCUUUAAUAUGUCCCAGGAAAAUGCAGCCAGAAUUGAGAAUAACUGAUCUACACCUGUUGUUUCAACUUACAGUUCAGAACACCAAGUCUAGUAAGAUUAAAUUAUUUUAACUAUGCUAUUUUUGUGGUUACCAAAGCAAGGAAGUAGACAUGAUGUCUUCUGAGACCACACAGCCAUAAUGGGACAGGGAUGAUAGAGAAGCCAACUAUUUCAGCCUCCAAUGUUACCCAUUAGGGUUUUUUUCCUCCCUAAUAAUGUUAAAGGCUGUUUACUUCACUCUAAGGCAUGUAUUCUCAGUGGGGCAAAAAUUGGUUCUUGGGGUGAAAAAAAUCUUAGUAUAAUGCAAUGGAUUAUGGUCCUCCAUAUCUCAACCCUACUCAAUAAAAUCUUAUUCCUUAGUAUUAAUUUCUCUCAUUAGGGAGAAAUGUAAUUUAAAGUUAAAUUUAUUAAUUAAAUAUUUUUCUCCUAGGGCAGGGAGGGGUGAUAAUGAAAAGAGAGGUUGAGAAAAAAUUGCUUUAAGAGGUUUUAUAGUUAUACUACAAUCCAGGAUUAUUGUGUUCGAUGUGCUAACGUAUAGUCAUAUUAGUAGCUGUUUGUUACAAGAUGUUUGGACCCAGAUAAUGUUUACAAUAUAAAUUCUUGGCUACUCUUUAUGCUGUAAUUUUACCCUCUCCAUCAUGGACAUAACAGAAAACACUGGUCACCAUCAUUUUACUUGGACUGUAGCAGAGAAUUUAACAUAUUGAUGGAUGCAAUGAAAAGUAUUUUGUUAAAUUUUUAAGUGUUCAAAUAAUCCCAAAUAUAUUGUGGGGAUGAGUAUCUCAGGGUAGGUCAACAGUUACUGACUUUUUUUCCUCAAAGUCAGUAGCUUUCUUCAGUAUCUACUAAUAAAUGUGAUUGUCUUUGAAAUUGAAUUCCAAAAUCUUAUUGGAAUAUAAUAAAGAGCAUACAUAAUCAAGCUUAGGGCUUAAGUGAAAGAUGCUGUUUCAUGUAUACUUUCAGUAGACAUUUGAUUUCUUUUAAAAAUAAAGCUGUUUUUCCUUA